AUGCACAGUGGUAAAUACACGGUUGACUACAUGAUCAGGCUCGAUGAUGACCAAAUCUUCAUCAGACUUCGCUUCAAUGGAAGGGUAUUCGAUAUUGAAUUUGGGCCGGAGGACCUCCAUGAUCCAGAUCCAGUGAAUCCAACCGACUCACAGCCCUUUGAGCAACGGUACCUUGAUGCGCUCCAACGUUCAUUCAGUGAUGAAGGAUCUGAAGGAGCCGACGAGGUCGAUGAAGCCACCGAAGUCUCUGAACUGCAGCGCCACUUCGAUCCGGCCGCCUCUCUGAUUUCGAGCGAAUGUGGUUGCGAAGAGGAUCCCGUCAUAUCCUUUGCCGUGGCACCGUUUCUGACACAUUGCACCUUCGAAACGUUCGCCCCAGAAUCAUCAACACCUUGUCUGAACACCUUGCAUGACGUCCUUCACCCUCCAGUUCUAUCGUUCAGACUCCAUAUAGAAGACGAAAAUUGA